AUGUCUCAUUCGGAAAAGAACCAUUGGGACGUGUGGUCCGCAGACCCCGAUUCUGAAGAUUUUGAUCAACAUCACGGUCAUCGAGUGAGUUCACCUCCUUCUUACGGUCAUGGUUCUCCCUCUGAAGGAGGAGCGUCCUGCUUCAGAACUUGGUUGAAGACGGCGACAAACUUUCCCUUCCUGAUCGUCUUUAUUAUUCUCGUCGUCUGCGUCUCGUCAUUGCUUUUGCCAAUGGUCAAAUCUCUCUGGCAAUUCAUCGUGUCCCAGUGUCAACGAGAACUGGGAUAUCAAGAUAGGAGGAUUUUUUUCGAACCAGUGUUCAGCAAGGAGUCUGGCAUUCCCACGGGAGCCGCGUUGGAGUACAAGUACCCCAAGGAUGAUCGGAAUGUCUCCAUACUAUUCCGACCUGCGGACAAGGGGAAAGUUCGAUUUGAUCUCAUUCAGCGAGACAUUCCUGACAAAAAACCCCAGAGCACCGGUCUUAUCGGGAGGAUUAUGGAUGAGUAUCAGGAUCUCUUAUCUUGUCCCGAGGACGAAGUGGCGACGAAGCACAGCAACCGGAAAAUGAUUAACUACACCGCCGAGUUCUACCCAAUUCCGAGAUUGUAUGAGACCCGGAAACCACCAGGAGGAUUUCAUGACCCAGGGUUACCACCACCGCCACCACCAGGAGGAGGAGGCAGAGGGGGUGGUACUAACAACUUGAUGCCAUCCAGCCCUUACCGCGACUUGUGGUCGCCACCAAACACUGGAAUUCCCCACACACGACCUGGCUUUUUCUCUGCACCGCGACAUCAGUAUUAUGAAUCAACUCCAGGAAACCAGGUCCCAACAUAUUCAGACUUGGACUACAAUGUCAUCAAUCGAAGAAAUGGGACAACGAAUUUUGACACCACUUACCAGUCAUCUCACAUUUGGAAUAAUAAUAAUCCGAAUCAAGGCAGGCAAUUUACACCUUCCAUGAGAAAUGGGUACACGAGAAAUUCAGGGAUCAUUUAUGGCGACUUUUUGUAAUUUGACGACUCUCAGAAUGACCUUACAUUUGAACUGUGACGUGAAAAAUAUGUAAAACAAAACAAUCUGUCCCUCUAAUGAUUACAUAAAUUUGUACCAAUCAAUUU